AUUUUAAUCCCUAUUUUCAAGAGCAAAAAAAUACCUUUGAACAAUUGACGGCUACAGCCAAAAAUAAGGCAGGUGAUAGUUUAAAAUCUAUUUUAGAUCUUUUCUUACAGACAAGCAGACAAAUUAUCGAAUCGGAAGAUGAGAGCAAAAAUUAUGAUUCCUUCGUUCAAGGACAGUUACAAGGACAACUGACCACUUGUCGAACUCUCUUGCAAACCAAAUUCACCACAGAGGAGUUAAGAAGUCUGUUAGAUAAACAAAAAGAGCUUAGAAAGUUAGAAAAACAUUCAGUUAUUUUGCAAUAG